AUGAAGACAGCAAUAAUCCUUUUGGUUCUCUCCGCCAUUUCUUUCCUUCCGCUGGCCAUCUCCGGCGGCCUUCCUCCACUCAUCCGCCUCCCCACAAAGGCCGACGUACCCGACAACGCCAUCUUAGACACGGCCGGCAACCCAGUAGUCGCCGGAGCCAAAUACUACGCCAUCCCAGCCCUCAUCGGCGUGGAAGGCGGCAUAAGCGUGGCUAACCCGGACACAGGAAACCCCUCCGCCUGCCCCACCGACGUAGUAAUAAACGUCACAUUAGCCGGCCACCAACCUCCCGCCGUGGGUCUUCCUUUAACUUUCUACCCUCUAAAGCGCGAGGCCGAGGCUUCACGCUCCGCCGCCGCCACCGACGACGACGUCAUCAUAUCGCAGUACCCACUGAACGUGGCCUUCGACUCGCCGGACCCAUCAGAUCCCUGCGCUAAGGAGAACGUUUGGAAGCUUAAUGAUGAGACGGCAAUAGUGACCGGAGGCGUUAUAGGCGUGGUGAAAGGUGAUCUUGGCAACUGGUUUAGGAUUCAGAAAAAUUUUAAUGGAAAAGGGUACCUUUUCAACUGGUGGCCAAGCCUUUGCCUUUACUGCAGGAUUGGUUACUGGCAUAUUGGCACAGUCGGCGGUGGAUAUCAGCUGGGAAUCAACUACAGGGACGAAUCGCUAUAUGCUUUUGAAUUCGUAAAGGCUGGGUGA